GCGGGACGGUCUAGCUGCGAAUCUAUUCGUGGAUUCAGUGCUGAAGCGUGGUUUUUCACCGGUUAUGGCUUUUGUUUGAGUACGAUCAAACUUAUCUGACGCAAAUCAUAACGUCGUGGUAACCCUGAUUAUAGAGGAUGAUCGUGAUCCCUUGCCACGCCGGGCAUAUUAGAAAUAAGCGACUAAAGAGGAACAGACUAAUUCUUGACAGAACCCCCUGUCCUCACAUCAUUCUUGUCGUUAUCUCUUCCAAGUGAAGAGGUAGUUGUAAUCAAAAAACUCUAAGAAGAACAUCUGGAUCAACCUGGUGAAAGGUUUGAGCAAGGCUUUGGUACGUAUCCCGGACCCCGUUUUGAAGUGUGCAGUGGAUUCUUUUAUCAAACAAGGUGAAGGAGAUGAGACGCAGAGAGCGACGCUAGCACAUGUGUGGGUCUCGCAGAAUUUGGGACGAAUACAAGCUAAAAUUAUGCUUCGUUCUAAAACUCUCUGGUUGGACAUUCACAUGUAGUAUUGCAUUGUUGUAAGGAGGUAUUGCUCUUGUCUUAAGGAGUGUCGAGCUUUGUAUUGUCUCAUCAUACAUAACGCAGUUAUAAGUAGAAAAUUAUUGCACGGUGAUACAUAGAUAUCCACGUCAGGAAGUCUAAAAGAACCCGCUAACAAAACGAACGCUCGUGAAAAAGCGUAUCUCGCAGUCCUGUUGGAGCCUUUUCGCCAAAUCGUGCUCGAAGCGCCGCUUUGGACAACUCACACUCUCCAGGAUGAAGGCACUGCGUCCACAACGCCAGCAGAUUGUGCACUGAUGUGUUGGUCUCUGUCUGCUGUAGCCAUGGUGUUGGAUGAUGCAGGAUGCCUUUCGAAAAGCCUUUUCCCAGUGCAUCAAAUGCUAAAAGUGGCUGGACGUUUGUUUUAUGGGUACAGGUUGUAUUAUGUAGCUGUACUAUGUUUUUUAUGUCGAGCUCCACAACAACAUUCAAGUAAACUAACGUAGGAGCGCAACCCUGAUAGUGCACUGAAUAGUGAACAACACAGUUUGUUCACUUGGUAGUCAACAUUCAUUCAAAGCGCAUUAUUAUCUUUGUGUGAGAUCCAUCGUGUGUGCCAUCUAUGACGCCCUUAUGGCAGUCUGCACUGAACUUUGUGCGAGAUUAAUUGUAUUGUAUGUAUUGAUCACCACAAAAGCUAAGGCUCUAAUCACCAGAAAAUCCGAAGUUCAGAGUCGCGGAUCGCCGAAUGGCCUAUUUUGCCACUGUGCCCUGGUACGAUUACCCAAAGCGGAAGGACGUUGCAACGGCGAGUAGAACUAGAAAGAAGGAUGUGAAGAGACCAGCAAAAUCGAUAGUAUUAAACAUUGGCGAGGAGAACAAAACGCGAUCACAGGAGGACGACUGCAGCCAGGCCAGUGGCUUUGAUAGGUUAUUUGAUGAAGGGAGUGGUCCGGCACCAAAGAAAGAGAAACUCAAUGAUGAUCAGCUGCACUCGAGAAAGAAUUGCGUGAAAACGGAAAAUGGUCAGGGUUCUUGCGACGGAAUUUCUACGAAAGAGGAAUGUUCAUUCGAUAGCACCAGAAAUACGAACACACACGCUGUAUUUUCUGGAGACAAAAGUCCGAUCCGAAGCCAUCUGCAAGGAGCUGCGCUUCAGCUAUUGCGACGACGUUUACAUGCUCUCCGCCACGUCGCUUUCCUUUGUGAAUAUCGCACAAACUUUAUGACAGGAAAAAGUGUACUCAUACUCAGACUACUUUCCCACUUGAAUAAUUUUAUUUGCUACUUGCCCACUUGAAUAUUCCUAGCCAGUUCUUAAAUCCUAGCUAAUUGAUACUUGAGUUGUAUGAGCACACUUUUUCCUUUCAUAAAGGACGUUUAUUCCGUGGAUCUCUUUUCGCCUGAAUUUGGCUUCGCGAUAGAGAUCGAUGGGCCACAUCACUUCCUGCACCCCAUAGGUUCUUCCAAAAUUGAAGAUCCGAAGCAUAAUUUGGCUAGUACAACAACAACGAGUCACGACAAGAUAAUGCUUGACAACGAUUCGAGUCACUCGACUAGUGCAACAACGAGGCACGAGAAAGAGACAUCGACUAGCACAGCAACCUGUCACGACAUCAAUCACAGGCUUCUUGACGACGAUGAUGACAAAAUACUGAACGGCCGGACAAUUUUCAAGCAUCGAGCUUUGGGUAGAAGGGGGAUUCCGGUGUUUGCCUGGGUUUACGAUCAAAUCAGUGAUGAUGCACGUAGCGAGCGGGACUUGAAACGAUUUUUAUCUGAACACAGCAUAGGGACGGAAGGGAAGAACAAACCCUAGGGACGGAAGGGGUGGUGGAGUUGAUGAACAAUAGUGAGCAGGGGCUUGUGCGUUCGUCGAAUAGUGGAGAAAUUGAAGAUCCAUAAUUUUGAGUUUCGUCACGCAAGGUACCUCUUUUUACUAGAUCUUCCCCUUUAUUCUGUCGAUAGAACUGGAGACUUUCUGUCUGCUUGUAGAAUGCUAUGUCACUGUCAACGCAACGUCGGCUUCAAGUAGUAACAAUGUCUACGUUAAGCACUGAAUAGCAUCAAUGCAACGUCUAAGUACUUUGAUCACUGAAUAGCAACACCAUGUCUACUUUAAACACUCAACGUCAAAGCCAAGUCUAUGCUCUUAGUACUAUCGCCUGUAAAUGCAAGACGUGGGAUACCCAUUUGGAUACUCUUUCAUCCUAGCAAUGUCUAUCCUGUAGCGGGUUGAACUAACUACAUUAUAUAUCGUUCAUCGUACUGGUACUGUGACUACGAGCCGCGUAGGACAGUCAGCCACGACUUCCAAUUGGUGCUAGACUCCAACGUUAUGUGUGUGAGGGUGUUCGGUUUCCCUAUUCGUCUGUGCCAUUCCAAUUCCGAGUUUCCCA